AUGAACGUGAUUUCCUGGAAUGUGAGAGGGCUUAAUGAUGAGUCACGUCAAGUCCUCCAGGAACAUUGUACCAGAUUCUCUCCCAUGCUCUUGGGAAUUAUUGAGCCAAAAGCGGCUUUUGCUAAAAUUCCUUCUUCUUUUUGGAAUUCUAUUAAUAUGGUGCUGAUACAUCAGAAUUCGCGUGUUGGUAUGAGCUCCAAUAUUUGGGUUUUCGCAACUCCACAGGUUUCUGCCUCUCUGGUUUACUCGUCGAAUCAGGCGGUCAUUAUUGACUGUUGCUGGUAUUCUCGUAAGUUCCGGGCUGUUUUCGUGCAUGGGGAUAAUUUGUUAAAUGAAAGGCGACGUCUGUGGGUGGAUUUGCUGACGCAUAUCAUUGACAACACCUUUUUUAUUGGAGACUUUAAUGCUGUUAAAGGUGCACAUGAGAGAAAGAGUAAUCGCAUUCCCUGUGCUUCUUCCUGUAGAGAUUUCUGUGAUUUCAUUGCGGCUUCUGGUUUCAUUGAAUCGGAAGUUACGGGUCUCUUUUUCACUUGGUGUGGUCGCAGGCUGCUCCCUUCCCAUGUUGAGUCGGUUUUAGACCGUUGUUUGUUCUCUGAGGGUUUCUCCUCGUUAUGGGAUUCGCUGAAUACUCACGUUUUGCCUUGGAUCUCAUCUGAUCACUCGCCUAUUGUCCUUCAAUGUCAUGAGAAUGGAGGUCCACGUCGCAGUAGAUUUAAAUUUUUUGAUAUGUGGUUGCUUCAUCCCGAGUUCAAGCAAGUGGUGCAGGACUCUUGGAAUGCUCCGACGUACAUUUCUUGUCCGCUUUAUACGAUCAUGAUGAAGCUUAAGAGACUCAAGUUGACUCUUAAAGGCUGGAACAAGCAAGUGUUUGGUAAUGUGGAUGAAGGCAUUCGGAGCUUACAGUCUUCGCUGGAAGAGAUUCAGCUUGAGAUUACGCAAGAUGGUUACACUGAUUCCCGCUUUGAUGCAGAGGUUGCUGUUCAAGCUCGGUUGGGGUCCAUUUUGAAUCAGAAGAACUCUCUGAUGCAACAAAAAAGUCGGGUCAGAUGGCUUAACGAUGGUGAUAGAAAUACUAGCUUCUUUCACAAACGUUUCAAGAUGAGAAGGAAGCAAUUAGUUUUGCCGCAGCUGAAGAUCGAUGGUGUUGAUGUUUUCGACCAAGAUGCUAUUGCUGCUCACAUUGUGAGAUAUUUCUCCAGCCUCUUUUCGGAAACUGUGGCUCCUAAUGUGACUGUACAAGACAUUCUUCCUAUCUUGAACAAAAAGAUUUCGCAGAACCAGAAUGCUUUAUUGACGAGCAUUCCUACGGAAGAGGAGAUCAAAGCUGCUGUCUUUGACCUUGCUGGUGACAGCGCUGCGGGGCCAGAUGGUUUCUCCGGGAGUUUUUUUCAACAUUGUUGGACGACGAUUCAGAAAGGUGUUCUAAAGGCGGUGCGCACGUUUUUUAUUAAAAAUUAUCUUCCUGCGGGUUUGAAUUCCAAUACUCUGAUUCUUAUCCCCAAGAAGGAGGUGGUGGAUUCGGUGACGGAUUUGAGGCCGAUUAUUCUUUCGAAUUUCUUCUUCAAGAUCCUCUCUAAAAUCUUGGCGUCUAGGCUUUCUUCGGUGGCUACGAAUUUUGUUACUCCCAAUCAAUUUGGUUUCAUUAGUGGUCGUCUGAUUCAUGACUGUAUUUUGCUGGGUUCUGAAGGUGUGAAUUGCAUGAAGCGAUCGUGUCAAGGAAAUAACAUGGCCUGUAAAGUGGAUAUCAAAAAAGCCUUCGACACGAUAAGUUGGAAGUUUAUCUGGUGCGCUAUGAAUGCUAUGGGAUUUGACCCCAUCUUUUUGAAUUGGCUCUCGACUAUUUUCUCUUCGGCGCGUCUUUCGAUUCUCUAUAAUGGUCAGCUUUGUGGUUACUUUCCGUGUUCGCGUGGUGUGAGGCAAGGGGACCCUCUCUUGCCUAUUAUCUUCGGAAUUGCGGAAGACGUUCUUAGUCUUUUGAUCCUGAAAGCUGUGGAGGCGGGAAAGAUUGAUUCGAUGCGUAUGAAUCAACGUCACUUUUUCCCCACUCAUCUGCUUUAUGCAGAUGAUAUUCUCAUCUUUUGUAAGGCUUCAAUGAAGAAUGCGCGUGCGAUCAGAGAUAUCUUUCAAUUUUAUGGAUCGCUUUCUGGUCAGAUUUGCAGCCGUGAGAAGUCGCAGCUUUAUUUUGGUAAGGGAGUUUCCCUCAGUUAUCAGAGGCAGAUUUCUCGUGCUCUUGGUUUUUCUACGGGAGCGAUGCCUAUGGUUUAUCUUGGUGUUCCUUUGUUUAUUGGCAAACCUAGAAGGGUUCAUCUUGCGGCCAUUAAAGAUCGCAUUAUUAAUAAAUUCUCUCGCUGGAAUGGUCUUCACCUUUCGAUGGCCGGUCGGAUCUGCCUUGUGAAGUCUGUCAUCCAGAGUUCUCUCGUUCAUACUAUGAUGAUCUACAGCUGGCCUAAGUCUCUUAUUAAAGAGUUGGAUUCUGCUUGCAGGAAUUUCAUCUGGUCAGGUGACAUUAGAAAGAGACCUCCGCAUGCUGUUAGCUGGGAAAAAGUGUGUGCGAUUAAAGAGGAAGGCGGGUUGGGAAUUCGUUCCUUCGCCAUGAUGAACGAGGCUUUUCUCAUGAAGUUGGCUUGGAAAAUUAUUAAGGGAAAAGGCUUUGGCUUCGAUUUAAUGAAAAAUAGAUAUUUGGAUGCCUUUGGCAGGCCGCGUGCUUCGGCGCUUGCCUCUUCGAUCUGGGGUGGGGUCAAGUCUUUGGUCCCGAAUCUGAUUGACGAGUCCUAUUGUUUGCUGGGGGCAGGUGAUUCCGUCUACUUUUGGAACGAUGAUUGGAUGGGGUACAAGAUUGCGGAUAAAUUGAACGUUCCAAGCUUCAUUAAGUCAAGGCUCUCACAAACGGUGGCGGAUUAUUUCUAUGAUGGUAUAUGGCAUUUUGCUUCGGAAUUUGUGGAGGAGUUUCCUGGUAUUGUCUGUGAUAUUCUCCUCCUUCCGGUUGGUAAUGAGGAAGAUACGAGGUUUUGGAAGCCUUCGGUUCAUGGUGAUGUGACCUCCCCACUUGCUUUUGCUUCUCGUUGUCAACGUUUCCCUAGGGUUGCUUGGGGGUUGUGGAUCUGGGAAAAGUUUAUUCCUGUUCAUCGCUCGAUUACGUGUUGGAGGGUGAUUCACCGCCGGAUGCCCACUAUAGAUCAAAUGAUCAGGAAAGGAUUGAUUGGCCCCAACUACUGCUCCUUUUGUUUGAGUGCUGCGGAAGACCUUGAUCAUAUACUUUGGAAUUGUAUUGAAGUUCGCCAGGUCUGGUCUUCGUUCCUUAAUUGGUUCGGUCGCUCGGAGGCCAUGUCUUGCAGUGACAUUCAUAGUUUUCUGGUGUUCUCCUGGACGACAAAGCUAAGUUCGCAGCUUCAGAAUUUCUGGAAGCUCGGAGUUAUUACGAUCAUUUGGAUGAUUUGGUCUGCUCGUAAUCAAAGUCAUUUUGAGGGUGUGAAAUUCAACUUUCGGACCAUUCUGGUGUCCAUAAAAGCUACUUUUUUGGAGGUGGAUAAAGCCUUCCCGUGUCUUGGCCAUAUGAAUAAUAAAUGGGAGGAUUACCUGGUCACUCGGCAUUUGGGUAUUAGUAUCCGUCAGAAGCCGCCCCCAAGAUUUGAAUCUGUUUACUGGUCUCCUCCUGCGUUCUCGUGGUUCAAAGCUAAUACUGACGGCUCUGCCAUUGGAAUGCCAGGACGUAUCUGUGCAGGUGGGGUUUUUAGAGACUGGAACGGCAUGGUGCGUGGUUGUUUUCAUAUGGAAGGGGGUAAUGGUUUUGCGUUUGAGGCUGAACUCCUUGGUUUGAUUUCUGCCAUCGAGUUUGCGUCGAGCAAUGGAUGGCGAAAAAUUUGGUUUGAGGCGGAUUCCUCUUAUGUCGUUCAUAUUUUAUCUACAAAAUCGCGUAGAGUUCCUUGGCGAUUUGCGGCUAUUUGGAAUCGGGCCCUCACCUUGUUGGAGAAGAUGGAUUUCCGCAUUUCGCAUAUAUAUCGUGAAGGAAACUCUCCUGCUGAUAUCAUGGCUAGUCCGCAUACACCCCAAGGCUGGUGGACGCACUCUAUUGAUAUCAUUAGGGAUGCGGUGAUUAGAGAUCUUUCGGUCCAUAGUCAUGUUCGACAAAAAUCUUAA